CCAAAAGCGACACGAUGUUCGACGGUCCUGCUUAAUCUGCUCGAUUGGAUCUCUGCUUGACCUGUGGAAUUGAAUCAGAAGGAGAGACAUGGGAAAUGCUCUCCGACUUCUGUACAGCCGUUGCUUUGAGCACACCACAGCUGGUGACUCCGAUUCACUUGGUCCUCACGGCGUUUCCUCGGCCACCGUCGGUGUAUCCGCACUUGCCCAAGAUCUCUUCCACUUUGAUAUCACCUCUCAGGUCCCCGAAGGACUAAGCAAGCAUGUUGUGUCAUCAAAGAAGGCACAAGCUAACUGGUAUAGAAAACUAGUAGAUGCAUGGAAAGAAUCAAAACCCCCUCCCAAGAACCCUGAAGAAGCAGCUAGGCUCAUUAUUCAGACUCUUGAAAGACAUCAGAAGGCUGACGUUAAGGGAUUGUUGGCUUUUUAUGGUUUGCCCCAACCUCAUGCCCUUGUCGAAACAACUUUUGAACCCCCUACAUCCUUGCCUGAAGGAGUACGAUUUGAACUGCACACUUUACCGGUUGAUGCGAAAGCAGUGGCGGAUGGUGAUACUAUAACAGUUUAUGUCAGCACAUCAGACCCUAGAGAGUCAUCUUUUGUCCCUAGUCAUGUCCAUGCGGCAGCAGUUCAAAGAUCAGAAGCUCGUUCUCGACGAAACUAUACAGAGGCUGAUGCUCUUCACCAGCAAAUCAUUGAUUCGGGAUAUCGGGUGAUUAAUCUUCAAAACGAGGAAGUCCUGGCUCGGAAGUAUAGAAUUCGGUUAAGGGGAAUCGAUGCGCCGGAGAGUAAAAUGCCAUAUGGGAAAGAAGCUAAAAAUGAGCUGACAAGGAUUGUUCAAGGAAGGUCUUUGAGGGUCCUUGUCUAUGAUGAGGAUCGUUAUGGACGCGUCGUGGGUGAUAUUUAUUGCAAUGGUCUUUUUGUACAGGAAUUGAUGCUAAAGAAGGGGUUUGCAUGGCAUUAUACAGCCUAUGACAAGAGAGAGGAAUUAGCAAUAUGGGAAAAAGAAGCUAGGGCAAAGCGAGUUGGAUUAUGGGCUUCAUCGAAUCCUGAAAAGCCAUGGGAAUGGAGAAAGGACCAACGAGAAGGUAGAUAGCAGCAGGGUCCUCCACUGCUAUGAGAAUCAUGAUUCAAAGUCGCACCCCUAAAAUACGAGUCGAAUUGUCAACAAAUUUCUAUGUAACCGUAAGGACAAAAGAAUGCGUGCAUGUGUUUUUUAGAGAGUAUUUCAAUGGAAUCAUAUUAUCUCUUAUCAAUUGUUGUAAAUCAUAAAUUUAUCAUGGUGUGACGUAAGGAGAUCAGUACAUGAAUUAGUCAUCCUAGUGCAGUGCCUUGAUUAUUACUUAAGAAAAAAGAAAAUUGAUUAGCCUUGACUUUA